AUGACUGGAGCAUUCAUGAGUCUCGCCGUCGACGCAAUCCUUCCUUCUUACCGAGACAGGAAUAUCGAAUCUGCGAUCCCAGCCCCCGACGUCACCAAGAUUGCGAUCCGUCUCCGUUACCUGAUUGAAGAGUGCAUUCCGUGCGAAUUGGACGAGGAGCAGGUCACCCGUCCUCACAGCAAGGUCAUCACACGGAAAGUCGUAAAGGCUGCUCAAGAGGCCGGCGGCGAAGAGAACAAGGCGUGCGUGGUGUACUGUCUGCUGACCGUCAAGAGGUGGUUCAAGCACCAGGCUCUUCUCGAGCUAUGGGAUGCCGAUCUCCAUGGCCUCCGUGCCACCGCUUGUGAGGUCAUUGCCAAGCAAAUUAUCGAGGGUGAGGAGGAUAUGGGCUACCUCAUGCACUCGGUCCUGCUCAAGCGCUACUCCAUCAUGAUCGACGGAGAGGCCACUCCACCCGUCAACGUGAUUGAAAAGGCCGUGGAUCUUCACUCACUUCUUGUUAUUGGCUCCUCCGGCUACCAGAAAUGCAUUGGCUAUCUUUGGAAGGGAUGGCUUGUCCAAGAUGAAGAUGAUCCAGCCAGCUUUGUUGACUACAAGGAUCGAGACAACACAUCUUUCUGGCCACAUCUUGACCCCGACCGCAUGCGAGCUCCCAUGCACCAAAACGCCGCCCAGCUUCUCAUCUCCAUCAUCUAUCUGGCAUUGUACACGGGCGCCAUCAACACCAUCAACCCCAGCGGUGAUCUGGACUUUGUUGAAAUCUUGCUGUAUAUCUUCACCUCCGGUUUCAUCUUUGACGAGCUCACAAAGUUCUGGAAGGCUGGCUAUCACAUUAUUGGGUUCUGGAACGUCUUCAACGGCUGUCUCUACUCGCUGCUCAUUGUCUCAUUCGUGUUGAGAAUCAUCGCCUUCAGCCAUUCGUGGGACGAGGCAGAUACGAGACAACACUUCAACCAGCUCAGCUACAGUUUCCUCGCCUUUGCCGCGCCCAUGUUUUGGGGUCGUCUGUUGCUCUACCUUGACAGCUUCAGAUUCUUUGGUGCGAUGCUUGUCGUGCUCAAGGUCAUGAUGAAGGAGUCUGUCAUCUUCUUCGCAUUGCUCUUCGUCGUUAUUGUCGGCUUUUUGCAAGCGUUUAUUGGUAUGGACUAUGCGGACGAUAUGGCUGGCGACGAUACCAUCUUCAUCCUUCAAGCCAUGGCCAAUGCGAUCAUGCAGAGUCCCGACUUUAGCGGAUUCGAGAGAUUCAGCCCUCCAUUCGGCAUCAUCCUGUACUACGUCUUUACCUUUGUCAUCAUGAUCAUUCUCCUCAACAUCUUGAUUGCUCUCUACAACAGCGCUUACGAGGAUAUUUACGAUAACUCGGACGACGAAUACCUUGCACUCUUUUCUCAAAAGACGAUGCAAUUUGUUCGUGCUCCUGAUGAAAAUGUUUACAUUGCACCCUUCAACUUGAUUGAGGUGUUUCUUCUGGUUCUUCCCUUCGAGUGGUGGAUGCCAAAGAAGCUGUAUGAACGCAUCAACGAUAUUGUCAUGGGAAUCAUUUAUUCUCCGCUGUUGGUCAUGGCUGCGAUAUUCGAGAUGCACACGGCCAAGGAGAUCCUCCGCAACCGUGCGCGUGGUGAUGAUGAUGACGAUUCCGUGGAGGAAUGGGAGCAGAUGGCUGGCGAUGUUGACUUUGAAAGCGAAGGUUGGGCCAAGAAGGUGGCCGAGAGCAAGGCCAAUGUUGAAGAGGAACCUGCAGUUCUCGAGGUCAGGUCACUGAGAGAGGAGGUCAACAAGCUCAAGGAUUUGUUGGAAAAUGUCAGCAAGGCUCUGGAACAAAAGCAGGAGAGCGAAAGCCUCAUUUGA